AUGAGCAUAGUACAUCCGUGGAUGAUUUGCUUCGAUCUUCCCAUGCCUCAUGAGGUCUUUGAUCUCUUGAGCAUGGAGAUUCUUGGUCUGACAAAAUUUGGGAUAGAUACACCAGGUUCAGUGACUAUAACAUUUUCAAACCUGAGAAGAAUAUCUUAUCUCUUCGACAAGUUCCAAGAUUGUGGUGGGUUUAGAAAGCAACUUGGUAAAGGAAAAGGAGAGGCAAAGCUGAUUGUGAACUCCGAGAAGAAGGAAAGAAUGGUCCACAAUGCUAAAGAGCAGAUUUUGAGAGCAAAAUUUUUUUUAUGGAUACUGGAAUUCGUAUGGGAUUAG